AUGGCGCCCCCCGCAGCUUCGUCUGCAGGGUCGCGAGAUGACGUCCUCGUCCAGGCGGAUGGGACUCUGCGUUUCUUCGGAACUCCCCUCACUCUCAGAGAAUGGCGACUGCCUGUUGCGGAAGCACAAGGAAUUUUGAAGUCUUCUUCCGAGACGCAGUUUGUCUCGCUUUCUUCCCUCAGCCGCUUCUCAAGCCAUGACGCCUUCGUAGCUGCAAAGACAGGCGCAGAUGUGGCGAUCCUCGGCAUUGUCUCGGACGUCGGGUCUCAACGAUCGACAGAAAACAGUCACUUGUGGUCGUGGACCCUCUGGGACUUGCAAGAGACUAAAGUAAAGCUUCUUCUCCGCGGCGAAGCGCUCUGCCGUACCUUGCAAAAAGAAGAUGUAAAGCCGGGGAUGCUUCUCGCGGUGCUAAAUCCGACGUUAUUGGAGCAGAAUCCGCAAUAUGACAGUCGCUGCGUGUCCGUCGACAAAGCUGACAACAUCCUGUUGAUCGGUGGGGUUCAAGGCGUCAUGCGUUGUGGUGCGAUGACGAAGAAACAGACGCCGUGUAGCAUGAUGGUCUACGUCCCGACCAUGGGGGAUUUCUGUCGCUUUCACGUCUCCUCGCGCGCUGCCAAGUCGCAAGAUGCUCGCGUCAAGUCUCGUCAGAUUCCUUCUUCCUCUUUUUCGUCUCGUCCUGCUUCGUCGUCCCUGGCAUCUUCUGCAUCUUCCAAUUCUUCUGUGAAGUCUGAGGAAAGCGGGAAAGUCGCGCCCCCGGUUGUGGCGCCUCACCGUCGCCUUCUUCGUGGGUCAGGUGAACAUACACCCGGGCCCGGUCGGGAGGUGGCGUCUUCUGCGUCCUCGUCAGCGUCUCUGUUGAAGCUGAAAGAAACACUGGAGACGAAGGAGAGACAGGAGGCGAGAAUUGCUUCGUUGCUGCGAGCGAACCCCGCGCUGAGAAAGGCCAAUCACAAAGUGGCUCUCGAGCGCCAGCAGCGCGAGGCGGCGCAGAGCGUCGCGCCUCCGGUGGACGGUCCUCCGAGUUCUAUCGCGAAAGCGAGCAGUCAGCCUCCUCAGCCUAAAGCCCCUUCAUCUCAGCCGAAGGCGUCGUUCUCAGCUCUGCGAAAGUCUGUCUCUGCGACUGCUGAAUCUCCUCAUUCCUCUCCCUCCGCCGCUGUCCCCUCUUGUUCUUCCUCUUCUUCCUCUUUUUCUCCUUCCCCCCCUUCCUUUUCUUCCCCAUCUUCUUCGCUCUCUUCGUCUCUCGCUUUUCGCGCGACCCGAGAGAAGCGGGAGGCUUCUCUCGCUGGAGAAAAGGCGCGAGGGUCUCCGCCGGGAGUGUCUGUUGGCGAGAAGGCCGUGCAUGCGGCGGCGACGCGAGUCUCUGGAGUCUCUCCGUCGGAGGCGAAGCAAGCAGGUGGAGGUCGAGAGGAAGGCGUUGCGGAGAGGCCAAAGUCGCUCGCGCGAGAAGGGCGGCAAGUGGGGGGGAUGCUGCAGGAGCAUUUGAGUGACGCGCAAAAGAAGGCUCUGGGGACUCUAUCCAGCGAGUUCGUCAGGCGCCGAUACUUGCGUCUCUUUUACGAAAUCCAGAAAGACGACAAUACGCCUGGAAACCGGGCUCUGUUCGACGAGCUCACCUCCGUGCGCGUGGAAAUGAAAUCGUACACCCGCCAGGAUUUCCAAGUGAUGGGUCUCGUCGACCUCAUGCCGCCCCUGUGUCUUCAUCCUGACCAGACAAUUGCGGAGCUCGCGCUGACGAUCUGGCGAGCGGCGCAUUUCCGUCUCCAGGCAACUGUCAACCCCGCAGCUUCGUCGCCUGCCGCCUCGAUGUCUGCCAGCGGGCUGCCUCCGGAGACUCGCAACCUCCGUGCGGAGGAAGUUUCGCGACGCCUCGCGGUGGACGUUGCCAAUGUGAAGGAGAUUUUCAAGAAGCGGCAGAAGGAAGAGAAAAAGCGGCAGCGCGAGAUCGCCCGGGAACGCACCGAAAGCGAGAAACGCAUGCGCCAGAAACAGCGCGACGAGUUGCGAACGCCGGCUGCCGCGCGGGGUGUAUGUACACCCGAGAGUCGAGACGAACAGCGCGAAAUGUUGCAGGAAAUCAUGCGCGUCAAAUCGACAAUCCAGGAGCAUGUCGAAAAGGCCGAUUUCGAGGAAGAGCAGCAGAUGCUGAAGCUGCUGGAGAAGCAAGACGCGCGCGAGGAGUUCAAGCAAAGCAUCAGAGAGAUCCAGAUCGAAGCUUUCUUCUGUCAUCAGUGCAACGAGUACUGCGACAAGCUCAAUCCGGUCUGCAGCAAGGCUGGACACACUAUCGAAAAAAAGAAGGCGAUCAAGCGGUUCUUCCGGUGUCCAGAAUGUAUGUACAGCCCAAUCAUUGCCAUCGGCCAUACUCUCCCCGACGGAUGUCCCAGGUGUCGGGUCGCGCUCAAAAAUCUGCUGCUUCCCGCUGUCUCCGCAUAUAAGCCGAAAGCCAUCAAGCCUCUCCAGAACGAAAUUCUUACCAUCACAGGAGAAGACGAGGACCACCGAUGUCGCUCUCGUCCGGUCAAACCUCUCCGCGCUCAAGCCUCGGACCCCUCCGACGACUGGAGUCACGAAGAGGAGAACGUCCAAGUUGCUGCAAAUGCGUUGGAGUCGUGA